AUGAGCACUAAACGUACCACAACCGAACCAGAAGUGAAACCUCCCACCUGCCAAUCCCCUUUCGUGAAUGUAUUCAAGCAUUUCGCUGUGGACUCUGAAAGAGGGUCCUUCAGGGAAGGAAAUGUUGAGACUGUCAUGGACAAGAUCAUUGGCAAGAAAGUUUACCGUAUUGUAGGGAAUGUGUUGGCUGCCAACUAUCUCAGAAUACCAUUGAAGGCGAACCAGUCUCUACAAUUGACUGGUCGGUAUGUGUAUAUUCAGUUGCGAGCUAUACCCGACAGAUUUUACAUCCUGCACUUGUAUGUGACGACCGCCGAUGAAAGAGUGCUCGAUAUCUCGAUUACAAAUCUCUUCAAAGAAUGCAAAGUCAUUGGAAAUGUACUUCAAUAUCCUUGUCAUCUGACAGGAAAGUGGACAACUUUGUGUGUGGACUUGGUUGAAAUGCUGAAUCGCAACAAGUGCGGGCGUUUCCAUUGCCUCAAAUCGAUUCAGAUAUGUUCCAACAUUUUUGUAAGAGAUGUCUUCACAUCGGAGUCAGUUUACACCAAGAAAACGAUUCCCAAGCACUUUGUUUUUCCACUAUUGCAGGAACCAGACUCACAAGACUUUUUGCAGCUACCGGUCUUGGACAACAAAGAGAAAGCUGAGAGAAACAGCACAGAGCCCAACGAUGCUACUGCAAAAGAGCCUGCUCGUCGAGAGCCUCUGCGUGUUCAGCAGAUAUCUCAAAUCAAACGGGGCAAGACAGCUUCUAUCCUGAAUCGUGCACAUGCCAAGGACCCUCGACCAAAAACUAGCAUUCCGCAAUUGAACUCGAGCAUUUCGUCUGAUCAGGAUUCCAAGAAGAAAAUUUCGACAACAUUCUCGCCUGAGCCUGCAAUGGAUCUGCGAUUUUGCAUCGGAUACACAAGUAAGACUACUGGAAACAUGAUUUGGACGAGAGAUUGUCGAUCCAUAAUUUAUUCAUGUGCGGCAAAGAUUGUGCAUAUGAAUCCUGAUACGGGUUCCCAAAAAUUCUUCCUUGGUCACACAACGCCAAUCUCGGUGAUUGCAUUGUCUCCCGAUGAAAGUAUACUUGCAAGUUGUCAAGAAGGCAAAGACCCUCUCGUUCGUCUUUGGGAGAUGUCGACUGGUGAAUGUUUGGCUGUCUUCGGAGGCCAUGCGAGUGAUGUCCAGUGUAUCGACUUCAACUUAAGUGGAAACUGGAUGAUAACAGUGGGGAAAGAGGGCAAGGGGUCGACUAAGAAUUUCAACAACUUGGUCAUCUUGUGGGACGUGAGCCAAGUGCUCAAAGGUGGGAAUGUCAUGAAGUUGGUAGAGCAUUCAUUUGAACCAAGUUUGAACAAAAUGAGAUUCGUGCCGUUUGAAGAAGCGUGCCUUGUCUCAUGUGGUAUCGGUAAUAUACACAUAUGGAGGAUCAAGAACGUGCGUGAAAAGUACGAAGUGAGGAGAAUGGUGUUACACCUUGGACCGCACGCUAACCAGGUUUUCGUGGACCUCGCUUUCGAGGGAGUUCUUGGCGGGGUAGAUACAUUUGCACGCAGCAUUUACUCUUGCACUGCCUCAGGAUUAUUGUAUCAGAUCAAUUUCACCAACAGGAAUAUUGAUCAGAUCUACAGAUUACACGAUGACAGCAUCAACUCCGUCGUGGUUACCGACGGUUUCUGUGUGACAGGCUCAGAGGAUAGAUUCUUGAGAGUCUGGCCUCUGGACUUCUCUGACUACUUCCUGGAGGCAGAACAUGCAGCUCCAGUCAACGCACUUGCGGUUUCUUCUGAUUGCCUGAGGAUCGCUAUUGGAACAGCGAAUGGAACAAUAGGGAUCAUGGACGUUCCAACGCACGGUUAUCGCACUGUCGUCAGGUCGCACGAGAGCGUGGUGCUCGCCCUUGCCAUGGAUCCUCACAAUCGAGAGUUCACCACGACUGCUUCAGAUGGAACCAUCAGGACCUGGGACCUAGACAGCUUCGAGCAGUUGUAUGAGUUUCUGGCGCCAGGGGAACACGCUCUUUGCGUUGCUUACCAUCCACGGAAGUAUUUGAUCGCCUGUGGAUUUGAGGAUGGGGCAGUUCGCAUCUUCGACAUUGCGAGUACCUCCCAAUUGUUUGAGCACAAGCAGCACAGGUCAAAGGUCCUGUCGAUCUCCUUCACAAUGGAUGGAGAAAAGCUCUUCUCUGCUGGACAGGAUGGCAUAAUUUGUGUGUAUGACGCUGUCCGAAACUAUCAGCCUAUCAAAAGCAUCUCUACAGCAUUCGCUGGUGACGAAAUUGACCUCUCGAUCAGCCCGAAUGGGAAGUAUAUUGCGACCAUCGGCGUUGGAAGUGCGAGUUUGAUCAUAUACAACACAGAUUCCAUGGAAAAAUGCAUGGAGAUGCCUUCUAAUGGUCGAAGGAUCAGGCUUGUCAAGUUUGCUCCAAUCAAGAAUUAUGUCUAUGCCAUGACGAGGGACUCCAGACUGCAGAGCUACGAUCUCAACGAGGGUCGAAUCGUACAGGAAUCGUCUCCCCUGCAUUUGGACAACGUGAACACAAUGGACUUCAGCGACAACGGAAAUUUUUUGCUCACUGGAGGCAAUGACGGGAUUCUCAAGAUGUGGGCGCUAGGCAAACAAGGGCCUCAUGAGGCCAGAUGCCAGUGCUUCAUCGGACAUUCUUCCCCAAUCAAUCGAGCUCUGUUCACACCCGACAAGAAACAGGUCGUGAGCGUCGGGAGCGGGAAGGGAAUCUUGGUCUGGGACUUGCUGGUGGAUACGGCAGAAGACGUCUCGGACUACAUUGAUCGUUUGAUUGCAGAGAAAGUCACUGCGGAGUCACAGCAGCUUGAUGGAGCUUCGGAUAGACCGGAGACUCCACCACCCCGGUGGCCCGAACAGCAGAGCGAAGAAACAGAAUCGCUCCUCGAAGAGUUGCUUCGUUUCAAACAGCAGAUUGUAGUCCACGGCCAAGACCAGGCUGCAGCACCAGCCGAAUACACCUCGAACGUAGAAGCCUUCUCAGAGCCCAGCCCAUUGCAGCGACUGAGGGAACGAGCGAUGAACAUGGAUUUCAGCUCAUCUGCCAGUAUGAGCUCCCAAAAUCUUGAAAACAGCUACUCAUUCAUCGACAACGAAGUGCGCGCAGAGCAGAGUCAAAUGUUCCUGCCGUUGAUUCAUUUCUCGGGGACCAGAAGACCAGCAAAGAGAGCAGAACGCAAGUACGUCGCAGCUGAGAAUGAGGCAGGAAUCAGGAUGUCGCAUAUUUCGGGAUACAUGCAGAUGCACAACUGCAUGCUAUGGCACCCUGAUGCUGGGAUGUUCACCACAGCCAUCGGAUCAAACAUCAUCGUUGAAGACCUGCACUCUCGCAAACAGAAGGUUCUGCACGAGCAUGAAGAACAAAUCUCCUGCAUCGCCCUCUCGCCCGGUGGAAAGUGGCUCGCAACAGGCAGUGGCGUCCCUCUUGGGUCUAAGACGUCGGCUCCGAUCUUCAUCUGGGACUAUGACAGCAGUAUGACUGUGAGGCGACUGGACUAUCAUCAAGAGAGCAUACAGAGCCUUGCAUGGUCCCGGGAUUCCACCUUAUUGAUCUCGGUAGGGAAUUGCGAGCACCCGAGGAUUGUCGUGUGGAAUGUGAUGAAGGGCAGUAUUGUAGCUGCCUCCGACUGCAACCGUGUCAUCCACGACGUCAAGUUUUGCAGAAGUCUCAACGAAUUUGUCUCUGUGGGUCAUGAGUUUGUGACUUUCUGGCUCCUGAACGAAGAUUCAACCCUCCUCAUGCAAGAGCUGACUGCGCCAGGGGACGAUCCUGGAAACGUUCACUACACCUGCCUGGAUGUGACUGGGGACAACGUCGUCUUUGUGGGCUCAGCAAACGGAUGCGUGACGCAGUGGAUUGCAAGUUCUGAGCAGAACGCGUUGAUCGACACGUGGGAAACAGGCCAGGGAGAGCUGACGUCCAUCUUCUCAAGGCAAGACAAAGUUUACACGUGUGGGCAGCAUCCGCACAUUCGCGUGUGGGGCAAACCGAUAGACAGCCUGACAAGCAACUCGGUCGCAUGGCAGAUGAUCCGACAGAUCAAUCUUGACGGCCCCGCGAAAUCCCUCAGCCUUGACGAGCGGGGCAGCGAGGGGGUGGCGUCCACCACCUGCGGUUCCCUCUGGCACUUUGGCGAGGACCCUCCCACCAGGAUCGAGAGCGGACAUUCCGAGGAGAUCCUCGAUGUCGCGUACAGCGACGAUGGAGAGCUCCUGGCAUCUUGUGCUGCAGACGGCAGAGUGAUGGUGUGGACGGUGAAGGGAGCUCAGCAUCUCAAGAGUUUCGAUGGAAGCCGCCAUCCAUGCUUGUGCAUCGCGUUCGCCCCGACAGGCUCUUCCAUCAUCGCGGGAUACUCAGAUGGUGUUGCGCGAGAACUUGCUCUAACGGGGUCGACGAGCUCCGUGUCCAACGCUGUUCUGAUCGACCAGGAGGCCAUCACUGCCAUCAGCUACUCGAGCUCCGGGCACUACAUCCUCUGCGGGUUGCAAAAGGGAGGAGUCAGGGCUUUGAAGCCGCAGAGGAACGAAGUGAACGCUAUCACCUGCAUGUUUGUCGAAGAGGGAGCGAUCUUGAGCAUGAGCUACUCGUCCAACCAUCCUGACUUGUGGCUGGCAACGUCAUCGGUCGGAACUCUGCGCGUCUUCAAGUAUGAGAGCUACUCGGGCAGAUCGGAGCUCAUCCUCUCGGACUCUUUCGCUAACUCUGCUCCACUCUUCGCGGAGUUCUCUCGGUCACAACAGAGCAUGAUCAUCCUUGGAGGAAUGGCGAUCGGCGUUGGAAUUCACUUCUACGAUAUCGAGGCUCAAAGGGUUGUCAAGAAGUUUACGGAGAUGGAUCAGAUCGCUACUUGCCUUUCCAUCUCUCCCUCCAACUACCUCGUUGCCAUCGGAACCGAAGAUUGUCUGGUAAUCGACUACGACGCAGGAACGUUUCAAGACUUCGCCGGACACUCUCACUCGCUCAAGAAGCUCAAGUUUGCUUCGCGAGGAGACAUGAUCGUGUCGUCGGGGAGCACAGAGAUGGUCACGUGGCAAGUCUGCUUGUGA